AUGGACUUGGCCAUGCUUGGAGUUGUGAAACGAGGAAAGUCUCAUACAAUGUACGAACGCCUGAGCUUCUGGCUUGCAGUGGUGUCUUCCACAGCGGGUCAGGCCAUUGCCAGCAGUCUGCAAUUCAAUGCUCAAAUGACAUUCUUCGCAAGCCGAGCCGAUCCAGCCAUUGGAGGGUCGUACAUGACUCUCCUGAACACGGCAGCCAACUUGGGAGGAACUUGGCCUUCUUCCUUUGUCAUGUGGCUUGUUGGAGUCUUGACCGAAGAGGAGCAUUGUCACUUUGACAAGAAAACUAAGAGCAACAUUUGUGUUGGCAGAAACAGAGAUCCUUACGUUGGGAUGCAAGUUGGCUCCACUCUGCAUGGCCUCCUUUGGAUUUUCUUCUUUCAACAACACGUCUAUGGCCUUGCCAAGCUCCCAGAUGACGCUUGGAGAACGCACCUGCUGGAUGAUGACAGUUAA